AAACAAACUUGGUGCCAUUGAACACUUGCAGGAAACAAGUGACUUUAAACUGGACGGCACCAGAAGAAGUUUAACACAAAACAAGAUACUGAUAUGACUCUAAUAUACAUUUACAGCAGUGCCUUCUAUCACAAUUGAUGUUGAUUUUUAUUUCUGUAUUUCAGACAAUGAAUGCUUGGAAGUUCCCCGGCGGCUUGUCUGAUCUAGCAGAAAAUAUUGGUACUACUGCGGUCAGGGAAGUGUUCGAGGAAACUGGCGUUCGCUCAGAGUUCAGAUCUCUGCUCAGCAUCAGGCAGCAGCACCACCACCCCGGCGCCUUCGACAUGUCGGACAUGUACAUCAUCUGCCGACUCAGCCCUCUCACCUAUGACAUUAACUUCUGCACUCAAGAAUGUCUGCGCUGCGAGUGGUUCCAGCUUGCAGAGCUAGCAAAGACCGAGCACACCACCCCCAUCACCGCUCGUGUCGCCCAGCUACUGCUCCACGGCCUGGAGAGCGGCUUCCACAACAUCGACCUCUCCAUGGAGUCUAUUCCUGCCGUCUACUCGGGGAAGUUUUACCAGCUGUAUCACCGGCAGCUUCCUUCCACACUGAAAUCCUAGCAACCCGAUGGGGUUAUGUUGACACAUGGCUGUCAGUAUUACUCAUGAAAAGUGUAUUUAUGACUGGAAGGAUGUUUGCAGUGUGUCUGUUCACAACUAAAUAUUUGGAACAAUAGAGUGGUGCAAGAAUGAGUCCUAAACCUGGACAUUAGCAUUGAGCAGUUAGCAUUGAGAGUUAGCAUUGAGCAGUUAGCAUUUCGGGGUUCCUUCAUCUGGUUUGGGAUACAAGGACUAAUACAAGCUUAUGAGAUGUUCACGUUUAGUUAUACGAGAAUCAGUAAAUACCCCAGUGGUGAAUGUCUCAAGCUUCUAUGUGUCAUAAAAGCAAUAGUUGCUAACUAAAUUACUAAAUUAAACUACUAAACGCCAUCGCGUCACACAUUAGCCGCAUUUAGCUUAGCCUUGUUGACGUGAAGUCACGUGACAGUUAUGAAGUUCCUUGAUAGCCCAACGUUAGCUUUUUUACUUCUGGCGAUUGCAUUCAACUAUUAAAACAAUGAUGCUAAUAUUAUCCUGGAUAAAUCCCGAUUAUUUUUAUGUUGAGAUUUUGCCAUGCUAACUUCCAGGUUGGACUACAUACAUAUCAUCACUGCACCACUCUAUACCUGAACCACCAUUUUAUACGGUUCAUAUUUAUAACACUUGUUUGGUAGCCUUACCGUUGGGAAAAAGUGGCUCCAAGCAGCUAAUUUCUUUUGUCAAAGGCACUAUUUUUAAAGGUUGCUGUGUUUUUAACUUGUAGCAGGUCUUGCUAACGAGCUAACCCCCAGUGUCAGCUGAAAACAUACUGGAAGGAGCUAACAUAAGGUUAGGUGUUGCAAUAUCAAUAUUGUCUGCCUUAAUGCAAUUACUGACUGGUCAAGUAACUCACAAUAAUAUUUGUUGUUGAAGUUAACUGCCUUUCUGUCAUUGAACUAGACAUCAUUUAAAACCAUUGUCCUCGUGGGAAUUUGGCAAUACAGAAGGGAAACAUCGUUUUAUCCGGAA